AGAGUGUGAGAAACUGCAGCCAGACCAGGACCCACACAUUCAUAUGGAGAUGUGGGACUAUAAAUAGGAGGGAUGGAGCCAGCAGAGAUCAGACUCUCUCUACAGAGACCUCUACAGCUCACACAUCCAGACAUGGCUCCUACAAUCACUGCAGCAAUCACCAGUUCUCAGGAGCAUCUGACUCUGAGCCACAAGCUCAGAAAGCCUCUGGUGGAGAAGUUACGCAGAGAGCGAAUCAACAGCAGCAUCGAGCAGCUCAAGUCUCUCCUGGGUCCAGAGUUCCUCAAACAGCAGCCAGACUCCAAGCUGGAGAAAGCCGACAUCCUGGAGAUGACGGUUUGCUUCCUCACACGACUGCAGCAGCAGCAUGGAGCUGUGGCCUCAGCAGCUGUCACUCAGGGAUUCUCCAGGUGUGUCCAGGAAAUGGUGCACUUCCUUUCUAAGGAGGACAUAAAGCUGCAGACCCAUAGUAAACUGCUGAAGCACAUCAACAACGUGCAGCUGUCCUCGGAUCAAACUCAGAAGAAGCAGGACUUUUCUUCUCUGAGCUCUGCAGUUCAGACCAGCAAAGAGAAGAGUUCGGGCAGCAGCGCCCCCUGGCGGCCGUGGUAGACACCUACACACUGGAGUCAUCACCAGACAAACAGAGACGACCACAAUGGUCCAGAGUUAACAGACUUAUCAUACUAAAUAGUAUAAACGUGUCUGUGCAAAGUGUUAUUCUUUAAGGUUCAAGUGGACUGAAUUGACAUUUUUUCUACACAGGUUUCAAAGAAAAUGUCAUGUUGUAGAAACAUAAUAUUGUAUUCUAUGAAUAUCUCUUUUAAAUGUAUGAGUGUGAUCAAACAUAAUAUUUUAGGUCAGUUCAGUGACAGGAAUGUAAACGUUUUAGCUACUUUCUGGUAGUAGUUUGCUUUGUCCAUCUACUCCGAUGGAGGAUAUCUGUGUGCAUUUUUGCACUGUAAAGUAUUACUGACCCAUGUUGGGUCUUAUUCAUUUACAAUUAACAUGUACUGCUGUGUCAGCAGCAUGAAUUAUAUGAAUCUAAAAGAUUUUUUCUUGAUAUGAGAGAAUUUGUUGUUCUCUCUCUGUUCAUCUUGGACAAUAUUACUCUCAUGUUGUCUUUUGUGAAGAUAAUGAAUGU